AUGCAGCCCCAGUUUGUACAGAACGACUCUGCGACCGAUCGCCAUUUGAACGACCCCAGUUUUCCCGAUCUCUAUCUUUCUACCCCGGUGGACCCUGAAGAAGCUUCUUUCCGAUCAUCCGCAAUUCGAUUGACACCGGCCCGCGACGAUGAUCAGCCCAGCGCUCACAAUCCCUCGGCCUCCCCGCGAGACUACCCCACCAAGAGUGUGUCGAGCCCGGCUAAUAAUGAGGACUAUGCGACUUCCUUUUCCGAAUUUCUUAGCCCAGCCGACGAAUUUACUAGCGAUUUGAGCGCGAACACGUCCCCCAUUGCAGAGUUCAUGGUAGUACCAGGUUCUUGGCAGCUCGACGGCAGCCCCGCCCCCGACCGACUGGGCUCCGUGGCUAGCGACCUUUCGUCCCCGCAGACGACAAUGAAUCCAGCUCAACUCUUAACCCCAAAUCUCACCAACAAUCCAAGCCCAUCUCCAGACACCUCGAGUAUAAAGAGCCAGAGGGGGUCGCGGGCGGUUCCUUACCCUGCGAUACACCCCCUGAUCACCACCUCUUUGAGCGACUCGCUGGGAGUUCAGGUGGCCCCGGACUCAGCUAGGGCAAUCAGCCCAAUCGUCAAGGUAGAAAGCUAUUCUCGGGGCGACUCCCCGGUUAGGGAGAGUUUUCUGGGGCCUCGUUGCCCCAGCCAAUCGUCCGUACAUCUCUCACCGGGAGGCAUGUCCACUGGCUCGGAGGAAGAUGAAGGUUCCAUUACAAGAGCACCAAACGGUGCUUGGGUCCCCAGCAAAACCACCGGCCAUUCAGGUAUUGAACCAACCGCCCGACAGGAUAUCUACGUUCCCAGUCCCAAUGAGAUGGAGUCGCAGCGACAGCUGGCGGAGAGAAACGCUGAUAUCAGGAUUUGGUCGGAAGCUGUAAGCGAAGCGCACAGCGACGCAGGCGACGUCAUGCCCUCGCAGCGAGGGCGUACCGACCAUCACCGUACUAGACGCCGGGCGAAAAGUGCUGGGGAUCCGUCUCUCCAACAAGAUUACUUCAAUUUGAAGUUUUACGAUGGUGGAGCGAAUGUGCCAGGACCGGGUCUUGUGAUCAAAGAAACUAGUGACUAUAGCGAUGAUGCCAGCGAAUCACCUCCUGUCAGUGUGAACGAGGAGAGAUGGACCCAAGAGGCCGCGGAAAUUUCCCCUCCCGAAGAGCCCGUUCCUGAAGAGGGCGGACCGCUACCUCACCAGUUCCUUGGGGCCGCACCGUGGCGAGAUCCUGAGCCCGACUCAUCUCCCCAACCCACAAGGAACCAGCCAGUCAACUCGACCCAGGCUAUGGCUGAAUACCAAAGACGCGCCAAUGAACUUGACGCCGCAUCUCGUUGGGCGACUUGGGGGACCCGGGACAUAGAUGGCAACAGCAUCAAAUCCUUCCAGAAACUGACUAUCAAUGCAAAAGGGAAAAAACACGAGCGGCGGAAUAGUCUGCUCAGAUUUUUACCUGGAAAACAGGCCAAUAAUCUCUUAAAGCGUCAACGCCAACCAACCGAUCUUUCUAUCGACCAACCAGGUUCGGAAAAUGUCAACAGGGCGGGUGAAAACAAGCCCACCCCCCAAAGAAAAGACAGCUUCCCCCACCGAAAAUUAAGUCUUGGCCUGUCCCCAAAGUCUCCUAGCUAUAGUACCGGAGGGGCGGUCAUUGCGAUGACGAGACAGAUGGCUGCCAUUGGUGGCAAGGAUUCUUUGGGCGUUGUAUCCCCAAGCUCAACCACUAAGCCCUGGGCCUCUUUUAAAGCCCGUGGACGGAGUCGAAGCGAAGUUCCAAAGGCACCAGGGUUGUUUGAACUCAUGACAAAUCAUGGAGGACCCCCCGUUCCUAACCUUAACUACAUCCGGGCAAUGGAGAAGAAGGAGGAAGUCAAACGUACCGCAAAACAGGAUGCAGGUGACGAAGAUGAGGAUGAAGACCUUGAUGAUGAUGAUGAAAAGGGACUUGUGAUGGAAUUUCCAAUUCAACCGAAUUUACCGGUUCCUACCCAGGAAGGCUUCAAAAACCAGAUUAUCCAGCUGAACCCGCGCCUUGCCCCUGCACUGGUUGAACGUUUUGCACAUGAACAACUUCGGCGAUACCGGAAGCUGAUUGAAAUUAAACAGAACCAUGCUCAGGCAGUCAGGAGUGGCAAGUGUAAGGCCGGCAAAUAUUGCUUUGCUCAAGGCGGCCAAGCCAAACUCCUGCCUCCCCCGCCAUCCCACCAAGAUUCAGAGUUCACGCAUACUCAGUUUCAAAUCCCUGGACGUGGGGAAACCGUCGACAAUCCCGAAACUCUUGGAGAGACUGCAAUUGCCACGGCGCAAUUCCCCCCAGGUGUUCCCCCUCCACCAUCUCAGGUCAAGGUAUUGCCAGCCGAGUUUGAAUGCCCCGUGUGUUUCCAGGUCAAGAAAUUCCAGAAGCCUUCGGAUUGGACCAAGCACAUCUAUGAGGAUGUGCAGCCCUUCACUUGCUCUUUCCCCGACUGCCCGGACCCCAAGUCUUUCAAGCGAAAAGCCGACUGGGUCCGACAUGAGAGUGAGCGACAUCGACAGCUGGAAUGGUGGGAAUGCACGUUCCCCGAUUGUCGCCAUAAGUGUUAUCGAAAAGAUAACUUCGUGCAGCACCUUGUCCGAGAGCAUAAAUUGCCAGAACCCAAAAUGAAGAAGACGAAGACCAAGGGAUCGGGAGGAAGAGUCCCCAGCGACCCAAUGACGCCUGAGAUGCAGGAGGAACUCAAUCGAGAGCAGGAGUUCAACCGGCUCUGGCGUCUGGUAGAAAGUUGUCGUCAUGAAACGACCAAAAGCCCAAGAGAUGAGCCUUGCCGCUUCUGUGGCAAUGUCUGUACGAACUGGAAAAAGCUUACGGUACAUUUAGCCAAACACAUGGAGCAGAUCGCCAUCCCGAUAUUGGGGCUGGUGGAUGAACGAGACUUCUCACAUGGCCCUAAUGCGAUCUCCGCGCCCGAUGGAAAGGCAAAUCCCGGUGUAGAUUCAAUCCCAAUCGUGCAGAACAGCGACAACGGCUUUACUCCGAACAUGAAUGAGGUUGUGCCCGAUGGCCUGGGGCCAUCGAUCACCUUCACGCAGACACAAUACGGGAAUGGCCAUGGAGUACAUUUCAACAUGAACCCCACAUAUCUUCCUGCGACAUCGAUGCUCAUGCAGGGUGGUGGUUGUAUUUCCGCCGAGCCCGAUUCGAUGGAAAGUGUGUCGCCAUUUGACCCACCCGAGCUGGCUGGUGGCCAUGACCAGACGCGGCUGCUGCUCAUGCAUCAGAACUCAGUUACCUAUCCUCCCCCCUUUAAUGCUGGGCCGCGGCCGAGAGUCUCCCAUCAGGAGCUGAGCGUCUUGCAGGAUUAUCAUAAUAAUUUCUCCAUGUCCCCCACGGAGAUGCAGUAUGAUCCACAGAGUGCCGUGUAUGUGUCAACCACGGCGGAGAACAGCUACCCCUACCAGGGACCGAUGGCUUCGACGAUGCCGUACAAUGGUCCAGGGGGUUGUUAUCCAGACCAACGCCCAUGA